AUGAUGCGCUACGAAGAAGGUGAUCUCGCUGACCAUAGACCUUGUGCGGGUGUAAGAGCUGACCUUAAAAUGUGUUUGUUGGAAUCAAAUUGUUGUAAAAUAGUAAAUAAAUGUUGAAAACAAAUGUAUUUCUAAUCAUAUUGAAUAUUGAUUAUAAUUUUUAGGAAAAAAAGACUCCAAGAGAAUGCCUGAAAGAACGAACUUGUCCACCAGAAUGUUUGGCUUUACAAAAUACAUUCUUUGAAUGCAAAAGAUCACUCGUAAGUGUGAAACAAUGGUACUCCAAAAUAAAAAUCCCUGAAAAUAAAUCCCCAAAACAUCUAUACUCUCAAUAA